GCCAAAAUGUCUGCUGCUGAUGAAGACACUGAGCUUCGUGAUUUAGUCGCUCAAACAUUACAUCAGCAAGGAGUUCUAUCAAAAAUUAAAGCUCAGCUGCGAUCUUCAAUUUUUCUAGCACUCGAUGAGCACGAGCAGGGAAAGCUUGACCAAAUGAAGUCCCCUUUAGUCAACCAGAAACUAAAGUCUUUCCUCGAAACAUCAGAAGGCAUCGAGACAGUGAGCCUUGUGCGCGAUUUUCUUCAAUUCUUCGACCUUGACUAUACAUUAGCAGUGUUUGAGCCCGAACUUAACCAUAUCGACCAAUCUCAGUUUCUUGGCUCAGAAGAGCUGCGUGACGUGUACAAGAUCCCAUCUUCAGAAGAAAACACUAGUUCGCCCUUGCUUCUACAGGCUUUGAGAAAUGGACCAGUUGACCAUGUGAAAAGCGACAGCUCCAACAAAUCUAUAUCAAAUUCCAGUAAACCAUCUCAGAAACCCGAUCCUCCAAACAAGGCUCCGGCCGCGUCCAUGCCAGACUCUGUUUUGGACUUUGAGGAAUCGCUGGACCGAAAGGGCGGACUAAUGGGGUCGUUCUCUUACGAAGAAUCACCUCGCUCUCCUAGGAAACCUCUGUCGAACCUGAACAACUUCGGAGACUCACUGCAAGUGGGUGGAGCUACAGUGAGUAACGAGGCCACCAGAUCCCAAGUAUUCGACGAAGAAAAAAACAAUCUAGAUUUGAAUCUGGGCGCGAGUAAUGUGAGUGAUCUGUAUGAGGAUGAUUUUGCAUCAUCUGCCAAUAGUGUGAAUCUACCGAAGAGUGGGAGGAGUGCGAAGGGUGUUGGUGGUGUGGGGGGAUCGAUGGGGGGAGGGGUGACUGAGAAGUCGGAGAUCUCGGAGGAGUUGGACGAGGAGGAAGAUGAAGUGGAGGAGGAACUGUCGGAACCAAUUGAAGAGGAAGAUGACGACAGAAAUGAUAGAGACAAGAACACAAAUAACCCAAAAACUAAUGACGCGACAAGUGACCACUCGGUGUCCAGAAUAAGCGACACAGAGGCAGACUUGGACUACGUAGAGGACGUCACUCAGGGGUGACAUUACAUAAUAAUUGCGUCAUCAUAGAUGUAGUUGCUUCGGAGAAAAGACAUUUAAAUAGAUGGAACCGUGAAAUGUUUGCUGUAUUUUGGUUGUAAAUUAAGGUUUCUGACAUUGCCAGAGAGGUUUUCAAAUGAUAUCUGUGAAAAUAACCACAU